ACGCAGCAUCAGAAGUAACUGGUAAAGUUAUAACUGUCAACAAACUUGAACGGGCUGUCUCCAUGUUCAAACACGCUCCGGCCAGCUCACCUGAACCGCCUUUUCUACGCGACAGGUAAGUCGUGUACGUGAGUCAGAGGACUUAGAAGAUGUUUAAUGUCGCUGGUUCAGUCACCGCAGAGGACACACCGUGAUAUUUACAGUCAUGGAGACGUGCGUUAUGACGGCGCUGGACAGACCCGCGGCGGAGCUCACUGUCCCGGAUGUGUACGACAUAGCGGCGGCGCUCGGGCAGGAGUUCGAGCGGAUCAUAGACAAGUUCGGGUGCGAGUCUCUGGUCGGUGUGGUGCCCAAAGUGGUGCGGGUCCUGGAGCUGCUGGAGACCCUGGUGAGCCACGGGGCCGCGGGGCAGGAGGCCGAGGAGCUGCGGAGGGAGCUGGAGAGGCUGCGGCAGGAGAGGAGCGACCGAUCCGGGCAGGAGAGGAAGCACCAGGAGGAGUUGGAGCUGGUGGAGGAUGUGUGGCGAGGAGAAGUCCAGGACCUGCUCUCUCAAAUCACUCAGCUUCAGGCGGAGAACAAGAAGCUGUUGGUGAGCCUCUCUCUCAAAGAGUCUCCCAUCACAGAGGAAGACCUGCAGAGACACGAGGGAAUGUCAGAGAAGGAGAGGCAGAUGAUGAAAAAGCUGAAAGACUUGGUGGAUAAGCAGAGGGAUGAAAUCCGGGCCAAAGACCACGAGCUGACAAUAAAAAACGAGGACGUUGAGGCGCUCCAGAUGCAGCAGCAUCGUCUGAUAAGAAUCAACCAGGACCUGCGUCACAGGAAAGGAGUGAUGGAGGCUCAGGGGAAGGCUUUGAUUCAGCAGCGGGCGGAGCUGGAGGCUGCAGCCCAGGUCAGGCAGCAGGAGCUGGGCGCUCUGCAGGUGGAGGUCAAGAGGUUGAGGAAGGAGCUCCGGGGUUGGGAGCUGGAGAGAGAGGUCGCUGAUAUAGAAGAAACAUCAUUCGGCAGAUCUAUGGUGUCUACAUCAACGUCUCCACAAAGGACGUCCUCAGCAGCAGUACCAGUAAACUCCAUCAAACCGAACUCAGUGUGGGAAGAGUGUGGAGGAGACCCUGACUUCAUGGCGAAUUCCUUCGAGCAUAAAAGGAGUUCCUCUCCUCUCACAGAAUCAUCACGAGAAGAAAAAAACUACAAAGAACGAAACAGAGAGGAGGACAAGACAGCAGCAAUGUUACUGCAGAAGGCGUCGACUGAUCCAGAGCCAGAGGAGGAGACGGACAGCUCCGAGGAGGAUUCCGACAAACCUCGCUUCACCCUGCAGGAGCUGCGUGACGUCCUGCAGGAGAGGAAUGAACUCAAGGCUGAAGUGUUCGUGCUGCAGGAAGAGCUAGCUUACUAUAAAAGCGAGGAGAUCGAGGAUGAUGUCAGCUCCUGGGUUUGUCCUCCGUCUCCUCCACCUUUCUCCGGGUCCACUGAUCAGCCCGAAUCAGGAAUUAAACGCCUGAUCUUCACGGCCAUAAUGCCCAUGGUUGCAGCCGGUUUGAUUGUAGACGACCCCACGUUGAUACCAAUCAGAAGACUCGUUUCCUUUGUAUAAGUCUGUUUGUAUAAUGUGAACUUGUUCUUGUACUAUUGCUCUUUCUUUUGAACAAAACCCGGUCAACAUAGAUUUGUUUCUUGGUUUAAUGACAACAUCUCUUGGUUAUUAUAAACGGCAUUUGAAUGUUGUUACUAUAUUUAAAUCUCUUAUGAACCACUUCAGUCUUUGCUGGUGUCAGCUUUAACAGUGCAUUUGAAAAAGCCAAAUGUUGUCACUGUGCUACAUAGUGUACUGUGUCUGCUUGGCAGUUUUGCAUGUAGCAUCUGUUACUUGGAGUCUUUUCUGAAGAAGGAAUUGUUGCUUCACAUUUAACUUUCAAUAGUAGCAACAAAAUCAUUUCAAUCAAUCAACCUUUAUUUGUACAGCGCCAAAUCAUAACAAAUGUUAUCGAGACGCUUUACAAAAAGAGCAAGUUAAGGACCUUACUCAUUGUUAUGUUACUAAAGAGAAAUGGGAUGGGGGAGAUGGGACAAGAUGCAGGAAGGAUUCCUCCUUUGUAUUCCUCGUGUUCCUGUUGUCCACACUUCCUCUCCGCUGAGGUGGAAGUCGGAGCAGGGGGUAUUAAACAUCAUGAGUUAGUAUAAGCUAAACUGCAACACAGCAACUUUUGUUUUUUAAUGUGUAUUGUUUAUUUGAAUUUCUUUGUGUUUUAAAUACUGGUUAAAACCUAUCGCUGCAACACUGAACACUAAAGAGCCUCUAAAGUCCUAAAAGAGUAUUUUUUAUUAUCUACACAUAAGAUAAUAUACUUUUAAGUUAUGCAUCAUUACCUAAUUGUGAUGCAUAAAGCCAAUUUAUUUUUUUAAUCAAGGUAAUGAAACGUAUGCUGCUCCUGCACACUGACAUCAGAGAUGACCUUAUUCCUUUGGUAAUGAUCUUAUUUCUACAAGAUAAUGAACUUGGGAACAGAACGUUAAAAAAAAUCAUAAUAAGAGCUUUACAUUCUCAGCAGAAUGUACUAACUGCUCAUAAUGCUGGGAUACACCUGUUCAAUAAUGCUUGUUCAAAAUGAAAUAAUAAAGUUUAUUUUUCAA